AAACAAUCUGGCCUUGAACCGCCCGCCCACAUGUCAGUGGCUGCUACGCCAUCAUCGAUACGUCUUCAUCAACACCGCAACUUGCAAAAAGCCACCGACUGGGUCGGUCAGGUACUUACAAUUGGCAUUCGCACACUUGGCCCAAGAACAGUGCAGUGCAGUUGGUAAUACUCAAAGACGGUUGAACCCUGCAUUUGAACGAGGCCCAUUUGCACGUCAGGAUGUCGCUUCCUUACCGCGACAUCAACGUCCAUGCGGCGCCGGAUUCUUACACCUUCACCUCGCCGUCGUCACCAAACGCCCCGGCUUUGACCAUCGACCGUCCCACAGGAGAUAUUCGUCUGAAUGAGGGGAAUGCACUUUCCGGAAAGCGUGUUCAACGGGUUUCCAGCAUUGCGGGUAUCCUGGGAAUAAUCAGCCUCCGACUGGACAAGUAUGUCAUCAUCAUCACCAAAGCGCAGCCGGCAGGCCGUCUCAAGGGGCACAUGGUCUACCGGAUUGUCUCGACCGACCUUCUCCCUUUGCGCGAGCGUCAGGUUCGUGAUGCCGAGGAGGAUAGGUUCCUCACGCUGGUUAGGGCGUUCAUAAAAGACAGCCCCAUGUACUUUUCGUACUCUGUCGACCUCACCAACAGCUUCCAGCGCCAGUCCCAACAUGGCAAAAAUACCCCGCUAUGGAUGCGCGCCGAUGAUCGUUUCUUCUGGAACAGGUUCGUACAGACGGAUUUGAUCAACUUCCGCUACAGCGGCUCGCGCGCCAACCCGGGUGCCCAGAAGGAUGUCGACCCUUUCAUCCUGCCCGUGAUGUUCGGCAUGCUCGAGAUCCACAAGACAAACUUCAAAAACACACCCAUCACCCUGGCUCUGAUCACCAGGCGCUCUCGCUUCCGUGCGGGCACGAGGUAUCUGAACCGGGGUCUUGAUGCAGAAGGUCAUGCCGCCAACUACAACGAGACAGAACAGGUACUGGUCAUGAACGACAGUGGCGAUGGUAUGGGCGGCUUUGCGGGCAGCUCGGACAUGCAAAGUGGAAAGAUGGGCGGUGCCAAGGAGAUGCAAAUCUUCUCAUAUGUUCAAACGCGAGGCAGCAUUCCCGCUUUCUGGGCCGAGGUCAAUGCCCUCAAGUACACGCCCAAGCUUCAGGUCAAAAGCAUCGAGUCUGCCUUGCCUGCGGCUGCUGCCCAUUUCAAAGAGCAGGUUCAAAUCUAUGGCGACAACUAUCUUGUCAACUUGGUGAACCAAAAGGGUCGCGAAAAAGCUGCGAAGGAGGCUUACGAGGAAGUGGUUCAGAGGCUUUCUGCAUCGUCGACAAAGGAGCGUACGGUCGCUGAUCAACGGACGGACGAGAAGUUUCACACAAUUGAGCCGACCAAUGCGCAGAACAUAUUCGACCGGCUGCAUUAUAUCUACUUUGACUUCCAUGCAGAGACAAAAGGCAACAAGCUUCACCGCGCUCAACUUCUCCUAGAUCAGUUGAAGGACGUCUUGGAGGCCCAGGGUUACUUUUGUGCAACGGAAUCAGCGACCUCUGCUCUUGACGGCAAGAUGGAAGUGCGGACCUACCAGACUUCGGUUGUUCGGUCCAACUGCAUGGACUGUCUCGACAGGACAAACGUCGUGCAGUCGAUACUCGGUCGUCAUAAGCUCGACAGGAUGUUCAUCAGCUUGGGACUUAUGGCCGAAGGCAGGACAUUCAAGGAUGAAGACCCUCAGUUCGAGUUCCUCUUCCGCAACCUCUGGGCUGACAACGCCGAUAUGGUGUCCAAGAGCUACGCCGGAACUGGUGCUAUGAAGACGGACAUGACAAGAAUGGGUAUUCGCACCAAGGCCGGUGCGCUGCAGGACGGCAACAUCGCCAUUACCCGGUACUUCAGGAACAACUUCCUCGAUGGACCACGCCAAGACAGCUUCGACAUUUUCCUCGGCGCCUACCAGCCUGCCGCAGCAGCGAACAUUGGCUCAGGGUUAAUCUUUGCCGACCGGAGGCCACUGCUAAUCCAGGCCAUUCCAUACAUAAUGGGCUUCAGCAGCUUCCUCGUCUUUGUCGCUCUGUUCACAAAGAGGAUGCCGGACGCGGCCGUCAUGCCGCUGCGCUUGUUUACCCUGUUCUUCUUUGCCGUGUCUGUUUGGUGCGCACACUUUAUCAUCAAUAACGGCAUAUUAUACGUCAACUGGCCCAAGCUGAACCCCCGACCUUGGGCUCAGGAAGGUUACCAGGAGACUAUCAGCAAGGUCAGGCGGGACAAGAUCAUCGGGCCUUUUGUGGCGAAGCACGAAAGGGGCCUCAGCACAGCAAGGUAUAUCAGUGCCGAGGAGGGGAAGAAGAGAGUGGAGUAGGGUCGAAACAUCCAAUAUUACAUUGCGCACUUUCCAUGGCUUUCUUUGUAGUGAACCUUUUCUAAGGGUAUGGGCAUAAACGCUGGAGCAGGUCAGAACCCAACUACACCAAUUAUAUUAUUUUAAUCGAGAAUCGUGCUAUCGCUGUAGUAUGGAAACAAGGCGGCGCUGUCACUCCCUACGGCGGAAUUUCAUGGUGGCCUGGCUAUAUAUGUUUCACGAGGUAUCUCUACACGACGGCCUUGAGCAACUAGUUUCCCUUCCUGGUUAUCGUGCUGAAUUGAAAGGGCAACUAACAGAAUAUUGAAUUUGUAAAAAGAAAUC